GCAACUGCUAUUUUCAAUUUCGCGAAGUCUUCUUUCUUCUUUUGCAAGUACACUGGUGGCACCAUGGUUCUUGAGGCGACCAUGAUAUGCAUCGAUAACUCUGAAUGGAUGCGGAACGGUGAUUACUCUCCGUCUCGAUUACAAGCCCAAGCCGACGCUAUUAAUCUCAUCUGUGGAGCUAAAACUCAGUCUAAUCCAGAGAAUACCGUGGGGAUUUUAACGAUGGCGGGGAAAGGAGUGCGGGUUUUAGCUACUCCAACCUCUGAUCUUGGAAAGAUAUUAGCUUGCAUGCACGGACUUGAAAUUGGAGGUGAGAUGAACUUAGCAGCUGGGAUCCAAGUUGCUCAGUUGGCUCUCAAACAUCGCCAAAACAAAAAUCAACAGCAAAGAAUUAUAGUUUUUGUUGGAAGUCCCAUCAAAUAUGACAAGAAGGCAUUGGAGACGAUAGGGAAGAAAUUGAAAAAGAAUAGUGUAGCUCUGGAUAUUGUUGAUUUUGGGGAAAAUGAAGAUGAAAAGCCAGAGAAAUUGGAGGCUCUCCUUGCGGCUGUUAACAAUAAUGACCGCAGUCACAUAGUUCAUGUUCCCCCUGGUCCAAAUGCUCUUUCAGAUGUACUUAUCAGCACACCUGUAUUUACUGGUGAUGGGGAAGGAGGAAGUGGCUUUGCUGCAGCAGCCGCGGCAGCAGCUGCAGCUGGUGGGGACUUUGAUUUUGGUGUGGAUCCCAACCUAGAUCCUGAGUUGGCUCUUGCACUUAGAGUUUCCAUGGAAGAGGAGAGGGCAAGGCAAGAAGCUGCUGCGAAAAGAGCUUCUGAGGAAGCUGCUAGACAAGAAAAGGGGGAGGCACCACAAUCCAGCUUGCAGGAUGCUACCAUUGAUGUGAGCCAUAAAGUGGCUGAUCCAAUGGAUGAGGAUGAUGCUUUGCUGAAGCAGGCUCUUGCGAUGUCAAUGGAUGUUACUGGAUCUGAUCCAUCUCAGGGUGAUGCUGAGAUGUCAGAGGUCCAUAUGGAGGAUCGGGAGUUAGCCAUGGCUCUUCAGAUGUCUAUGCAGGACAAUACAAAUGCUUCACAGUCAGAGAUUGGCAGGGUGUUAGGAGAUCAGUCCCUUAUGGCAUCUAUACUUCAGUCACUUCCUGGAGUUGACCCAAAUGAUCCCCAAGUGAAAGAUUUGUUAGCUUCUUUGCCAGGUCAAUCUGAGUCGCAAGAGAAGAAGGAUGAAGAACCGCCAAAGGAGGACAAGUAAAGAUGUGAAGCAACUUGCUGGUGAAGCUUCAAGCCUACCUAUGGUCGCAGAAAUCAGUCCCACCUAACUACGAAGGAUGAUGCCUUGACAGUUUCUAGCCGACAAUUGUUUUUAUCUGUGCAACUCUAUUGAGUCAUCCUUUCUUUUUCAUAUGUUCUAAAGCACUUCUCCUGAAGAUUGGAACUUUGAACUUGUGUCUUAAUCCAUAGUUUCGACAUUUAUAGGGAUUUAAAAAUCAUACGCAAGGUUUAUUUGUUUCUAAACAAAUUUAAUUCAAUGAUGUUUUUGACAUUAUGUCGGUUUAGUGACCGUUUGGUGUGUCUGGAGUUUUUAAUAGAAAUUCUGUUGCAAA